AUGGUAUUUAUCCGUUCUUUGUCUCGUCAGCUGCGGCGGCCUGCCACUUCUCUCUUUUCUACCAAAGGAAUCUUUCCUCCUCCCAGCAGAAGUCCAUUCCGGGCUGCUUCUCUGGGAGGUUCCGUCUCUGGUGCACGAACGCUGACAGCCUCUGCCAACCUACAGGGCAAAGUUCUUAUGGUCCUCUAUGACGGCGGUGAGCACGCCAAACAGCAGCCUGGCCUUCUUGGUACCACCGAGAAUGAGCUUGGUUUGAGAAAGUGGAUCGAGGAGCAGGGCCACACUCUGGUCACCACCUCCGACAAGGAGGGCGAGAACUCUACCUUUGACAAGGAGCUGGUCGAUGCCGAAGUCAUCAUCACCACCCCUUUCCACCCCGGUUAUCUCACCGCAGAGCGCUUGGCCAAGGCCAAGAACCUGAAGCUCGCCGUCACUGCCGGUGUUGGUUCCGACCACGUUGACCUCAAUGCCGCCAACAAGACCAACGGUGGUAUCACUGUCGCCGAAGUCACUGGCUGCAAUGUUGUCUCUGUCGCCGAGCACGUUGUCAUGACCAUUCUGACUCUGGUUCGCAACUUCGUCCCUGCCCACGAGCAGAUCCGCAACGGUGAAUGGGAUGUUGCCGCCGUUGCCAAGAACGAGUUCGACCUCGAGAACAAGGUCGUCGGAACCGUCGCUGUUGGACGUAUCGGUGAACGUGUGCUGCGCCGUCUCAAGCCCUUCGACUGCAAGGAGCUGCUCUACUACGACUACCAGCCCCUCAAGCCCGAGGUUGAGAAGGAGAUUGGUUGCCGCCGUGUUGAGAACCUUGAGGAGAUGCUCGCCCAGUGCGAUGUUGUCACCAUCAACUGCCCUCUGCACGAGAGCACUCGCGGUCUCUUCAACAAGGAACUCAUCUCCAAGAUGAAGAAGGGCUCUUGGCUCGUCAACACUGCCCGUGGUGCUAUUGUUGUCAAGGAGGACGUUGCCGAGGCCGUCAAGUCCGGCCACCUCCGCGGCUACGGUGGUGAUGUCUGGUACCCUCAGCCCGCUCCCAAGGACCACCCCCUUCGGUACGUCCAGGGCCCUUGGGGCGGUGGUAACGCCAUGGUUCCUCACAUGUCCGGUACCUCGAUCGACGCCCAGAUCCGUUACGCUCAGGGCACCAAGGCCAUCCUCGACAGCUACUUCUCCGGUCGCCAAGACUACAGACCCGAGGAUCUCAUCGUCAAGGACGGUGACUACGUCACCAGGGCCUACGGUCAGAGGCAGAAGUAA